UGUAUAAUGGCUUAAGUUAGAAAACUACACAGAAGAGUGGCUAUUUUUGAAGCUGAAGGAGGUUCAGAUAAGACUUGGAAUGGUCAUAGAAAGGACACAAUGCCAAUAGUAGAAGCCUUUAAAGAAUUAGGAUGGACAGCUGAACCCAUCUUCUUUAGAGAUGAAUGGAAAGAAGCUAUCACAAAGUAUGUCAUUGAAAACUGUGAUGCUUACAUUCCAAGAAUCAAUACAGGAAAUCUUCCAAAUGGUGAGGCUGUCUUCAAUCAAGCCUUGAGAGAAAUGUGUGCUGCUGGAGUAGUUGGUACACCACACCCAGACACUCUUAUGAAAUAUGAUUCUAAAUUAAGUCUUGUAGACCUCAAUAAAACUCCACUUUCACCAGCUGAUACAGUGGCUUAUUUCAAAUGGGAUGAGUUAGUCAAGAACUUCCCAACUUCUUUGACUAAUGGAGAAAGAGUUCUUAAAUAAAAUAGAGGAUCCACAGGAGAAGGAAUCUGGAGAGUUCAAGUUGCUGAGGGAGUCUAAGUUGUUAAGGGAUAAGCCUUACCAUUAGAUACCAAGAUCAAAUGCACUGAAGCAGUAGACAAUCAUGUUGAACAUCACACACUUGAAAGCUUCUUUAAAUUGUGUGAAAAAUAUUAUAGAGUUGAAGAAAACUUCCUCAUUGAUAUGAGAUUCUUACCAAGAAUUAAGGAAGGUGAAGUCAGAAUCUUCUUAAUGGGAACAAAACCAUUAUUUGUUAUCCAUAAGAAACCAGCUGAUAAAUAAGAUGCUUUUUCAGCAACACUUUUCUCUGGAGCAACAUACAAAUAUGAAUCACCAGAAGCUUGGCCAGAACUCAUUAAAUUCUUUACAUCAUGUCUUUAAUAUUUAACUGACAAUCUAGGAGAUGUAGAGACCAUUUUAGAUUGGACAUGUGAUUUUAUUCUUGACACUGAUGAAAAUGGAAAAGAUAAAUAUUGGAUUAGUGAAGUCAAUGUUUCAUGCAUUGGAUUUACUAAUUAAUUAGAUAUUGGUAUCUAAUAAGAGAUGGCUAGAGAACUCAUUAGAAAGGUCUUAAAGAAAAGAUUUGGAAUCAAUGCCAUUAGAGAUUGAUUAGU